AUGUAUGGCAGCUCCACGAGUGCACCCGCCCGCCGCCUCCAACACCCCUACGCCUUGCGCCCAGGAGCACGACUCGGGGGGACCCUCCAUGGACACCUCCCAUUGUGCAUACGACCCCCUGCUCUUGUCGGCUUCUCCGUGCCCCUGGUUUCAUCCAUCAUAUCUGCCCCUCCUCCAGGCAUCAUCAGAUCUCCACAAUAG